AUGGAACAUUAUACUUGCGAAAUUAUUCCUUCAAUCCGUGGAAACCCCACAAUCAACGUUCAUGGUUUUAUUAUGAUAAAGGAUAAAAAUAGAAGAGAUCUAUAUUAUUGGUGUUGUGAGAAGCGUGAUACUUUUGAUUGUGGUGGGCAUGCUACUACUAUACUAGUUGGAGGAGAACAUAUUUUGCGACAAGCAGGAGGACAUAAUCAUGCUGCUGAUGCAAGUCGAGCUGGUGUUAGAAAAUUAACUAAUCAAAUAAAAGAACAUGCAAAACAAACACUUAGUCCUCCAUCGCAGAUUAUUCAAUCUGUUAUUGCAAAUAACCCCCAAAAUAUUUACCCAUAUAUUCCAUCUUAUAAUGCACUCUGCCAAACAAUACGAAGGGUUCGACGUUCAGGCCUUCCUUCUGGUUCAAAUUCAUUAGAUGAAUUUGUCAUUCCCGAUGAUUUAAAAAAGACUUUAGAUGGCUCAGACUUCUUAAUUAAAGAUUCGACUAUUGGUAGUGAAAGAAUUCUACUUUUUACUACAAUUUCAAAUAUUCGAUAUUUAAGCCAAUCCUUAGUUUGGCUAAUGGAUGGAACCUUUGACACUGUGCCGACUAUUUUUCGGCAAUUAUAUACGAUUCAUGGGUCUGUUGGAGGGGAUAGUAACUCCAGAAUCCUGCCUCUUGUAUAUGCCUUGAUGUCUAGUAAGUCAGAAAUUUGUUAUAAACGACUAUUUCAAGACCUGGUAGACUUUAGCAAAGAUCAUAAUAUUAAUUUACAACCUGAAUUCGUUUUGACGGAUUUUGAGCUUGCUUCUAUAAAUGCAUUACAAAAUG